ACAAGGACCGAAACGGCAGUUGGGUGUAGUCUUGAGUAAAUUUAACGCACUCAGCCAAAAACGAUUCUCUCCACUACUAUAUAUAGUUAUGUCUAUGGUGAUCACCUCUCAAGUGUCUCCCUGUCUCUUAAUUUUGCUGUUUUUUCUAUUUUAUAUAAUGGCUUCUGGUGGAAAGCUUGAGGUUGAGAUUGAGGUCAAGUCUCCCGCUGAUAAAUUCUGGGGAGCUAUCAGAGACUCCACCACUCUCUUUCCCAAAGCCUUUUCUCACGAUUACAAGAGCAUUGAAGUUCUUGAGGGCGAUGGCAAAGCCCCUGGCUCUGUUCGUCUCAUAACAUAUGCUGAAGGUUCUCCAAUUGUUAAGGUAUCGACUGAAAAGAUCGAAGCUGUAGAUGAUGUGAAGAAGGUGGUUACUUACAAUGUGAUUGCUGGGGAUCUCUUGAAGUACUAUAAGGUUUUCAAGGGCAUCAUCACUGUAAGUCCAAAGGGAGAUGGGAGCUUGGUGAAAUGGUCAUGCGAAUAUGAAAAGGCAAGCAAUGAAAUUCCUGAUCCAAGCGUUAUCAAGGAAUUUGCUGUCAAGAACUUCAAAGAAGUGGAUGAAUACAUAACCAAAACAUAGAGUCAUCUGCCUUCAGGAAGGUUGUGUUUUGCCCUCACAAAAUAAGCUUACACUAUGUAAUAGUUGGGGUUAAGUUUAUGCUACUCUCUACAUUAAAUAAGCUUUGUGUUGUCCCAGAGGCAAAUCAAAGUGACAAGUUACAUAAUAAGUUGCUCUUGAGAUCA